GUAUACGUAACUCACUCUUCUUACUUAUGAGUGGUGUGACUAGUGAGCAUCAAGACUUCGUAGUUUUAUAGUAGUAAAAAAUGGCGCUCGUUUGGUCCCCUAACGUUCUUCCCUCUUCCACUCCCACCGUAAACCCUAAUUACACAGUCCGUCACAAAUUCCCCAUCCACCAUAUAGCGCGACGUUCUCCACCCCGGUUCUCAAUCCGUUCCACUUCGAGAUCUCGUAGCUGCUGCUUGCAUGUUCCAAUUGUUAAUGAAUUGGGAAAAGAAUCCGACGAGAGCAGUAAGCAAGGGGACAACAGUGAAGACUUAGGAGUCAAAGUGGCAUUGUCUAUGCUAAGGUUUUACAAAAGGGAAAUUUCACCAUUAAUGCCAAAGAGCUGUCGAUACGUUCCAACUUGUAGUGAGUACUCCAUGAUUGCUUACAAGAAGUAUGGUGUUGCUAAAGGCUCCAUCUUGACAGCCUGGCGCCUCUGUCGCUGCAAUCCCCUAGGUGGAUCAGGAUUUGAUCCUCCAAGAUGGUUUGAUGAGCCAAGCCCACCAGAACAAUGAAAUACACUGUGUGGUGGUAAAAUCAAAGAAAGGCCUGUGUUUAUAAAAGUAUUUUUGGUUGAGAUGAUUCAUUAUGUUGGUCUUAAUGACCCAUUUGCUUUUAGUGGGGACAAUACAAAAACCAAAUUUGCAGCGAAUAGUGAUGUCAUGUUGGACCAUUGCGAAAUGUGGCUAGUUUUGUUCUUUUCUCAUUAUAUUUGUAUUGGAUAGUUUGUUAAUUACUUGUAUGUUUAUAGGUUAAUGAUGAAUACAUAUUUUACUUCAUUUUCAUACCCUUGG